AUGGGCCCAGGGUUGGAGAAUGACAUGGCAACGUACAAUCCCUCACGACAGGUAGAAAUAGAUAUUAUUGACCAGGAAUACCGCCACGACGGUCAGCAGCCCUGGCCCGUACGCGUUUACCAACCCCAGGGAGACGGUCCCUUCCCGGCGUUGCUUGAUGUCCACGGUGGGGCCUGGAACCGGGGUGACCUUACCAGCGAUGAGGUGAUGAACCGGGCACUGGCAGCCAGCGGCAUAGUGGUUGCCGCCGUCGAUUUCCGCCUGGCUCCGCAACACCCCUAUCCCGCCCAGGUACAAGACGUCAACUACGCGAUCCGAUGGCUGAAGGCCCACGCGACCGAAUUCAACGCCGACCCACUAACUGUUGGAGGCAUGGGCUCAUCCAGUGGCGGACACACUCUGAUGCUCAGCGCAAUGCGGCCCAAGGACUCCCGCUACGCAUCCCUGGAACUGGCGGGGGCCCCAGAAAUUGAUGCCACCGUAGCCUAUACGGUCUGUUGCUGGCCGGUUCUCGACCCCUACGCCCGCUACCUGUAUGCCCAGGAAUCUAACAACGAGCGGCUGGCGGCUUCCAGCGAAGCCUAUUUCCUGGACCAGGACACCAUGAAGGAAGGAAACCCUCAACAAAUUCUGGAGCGGGGCGAAAAGGUACGGCUGCCUACCACCCUGAUAGUCCAGGGCACCCGGGAUGACAAUGUACCAUUGUCCAUCCCGCAGCGGUUUGAAACCGCAUUCAGAACCGCGGGGGGCGACAUCCAGGUAGAGUACUUCAUGGACAUGGUCCAUGGCUUCGGCAACAUGCCUGGCCCAGAAUCGGACCGGGCCAUCGGGAUGAUAAAGGCGUUCAUUUCCCGUUGCCUUGCCCUUACCGGAGCGCCAGCAUAG